UAAAGUCGCACCGGCGAUUCUAUAGACGCUCAGUUGCUUUGGAGCGAUUCUUCGAUGCAGACGAACGUCGGAGUUUGCGGAUUGUAGUAAGAGAGCAAACGGGGAGAGCGAAAAAGACAGAGAGAGCGCGAUAGAGGGACAGAGGGACAGAGAGGGAAGGCAGAGCGAAUAUCGAGCAUAAAGCAAAGCCCGCAACACGUGAAACAGCAGCCAAUUGGUUUUAAUUUCGAUCCAGAAAGUCGAGCGACCACAACGUGCGAUACGAGAUGUCCACCACAACCACAUCCAUCGAGGGCUAUAAGCUCGGAAAGGUCAUCAUCGAGGGCAAGACGAAGCAGGUGUACGAUCUGCCGGAGCAGCCAGGACUGUGCCUGCUCCUCAGCAAGGAUCGCAUCACCGCAGGAGAUGGUGUCAAGGCGCACGACCUGGCCGGCAAGGCAGAGAUCUCCAAUACCACCAACGGCCAGGUUUUCAGACUGCUCAACGAGGCUGGCAUUCGCACCGCCUAUGUGAAGCACUGCGGCGCCAAGGCGUUCAUCGCCCGCAAAUGCCAGAUGAUACCCAUUGAGUGGGUGACCCGCCGCCUGGCCACCGGAUCGUUCCUCAAGCGCAAUGUCGGCGUGCCCGAGGGCUACAGGUUCUCGCCGCCCAAGCAGGAGACGUUCUUCAAGGACGACGCCAAUCACGAUCCCCAGUGGAGCGAGGAGCAGAUAGUCUCCGCCAAGUUUGAGCUGAAUGGCCUGGUGAUCGGCCAAGAUGAGGUGGACAUUAUGCGUAGGACCACACUGCUGGUCUUUGAGAUACUCGAGCGGGCGUGGCAGACCAAGAACUGCGCGCUCAUCGACAUGAAAGUGGAGUUCGGUGUCUGCGACGAUGGCAACAUCGUGCUGGCCGACAUCAUUGAUUCCGAUUCGUGGCGCCUGUGGCCAGCCGGUGACAAGCGCUUGAUGGUGGACAAGCAGGUGUAUCGCAAUCUGGCAUCGGUGACGGCCAGCGACUUGGAUACCGUGAAGAGGAACUUCAUUUGGGUGGCCGAACAGCUGGCUGAUAUUGUGCCAAAGAAGGACCAUCUGGUUGUGGUCCUAAUGGGCAGUGCCUCCGAUACAUCACACAGCGAGAAGAUAGCCACCAGCUGUCGAUCUCUCGGCCUGAAUGUGGAGCUCCGUGUGAGUUCCGCCCACAAGGGACCGGAGGAAACGCUGCGCAUUGUCCGCGAAUACGAAUCGGUGAUGAGCAAUCUGAUAUUCGUCGCCGUCGCUGGGCGAUCCAAUGGACUGGGUCCAGUCGUUUCCGGCAGCACCAACUAUCCGGUGAUCAAUUGUCCUCCCGUCAAGUCGGACAACAUGCAGGUGGACGUCUGGUCCAGCUUGAAUCUGCCAUCCGGCUUGGGCUGUGCCACCGUCCUCUAUCCGGAGGCAGCUGCUCUCCAUGCGGCCACCAUUUUGGGGCUGGGCAACUUCAUGGUCUGGUCCAAGUUGCGUGUCAAGGCGCUCAACAACUUCAUCACCCUCAAGAAGGCCGACAAGGAGUUGCGCGGCGUGCGGAAUGCUUAGUCCUGUGAACUACUGCUGAUCGCCUGGAGCUUCAGCUUUGGGCAUCAACAGGAGGCCAUAGAGGGAAUCCUCCCCUGGUCGUGACGUUAGGCAUCCCAUGGGGGCCAUCUUCAGAUCCCAUUCCUUGUUGAUUCUUCUACUCUCUUUUUUUUUAACCAAACAUUUUUGAUUUCUUUAGUAUUAAGAAAGAUGACUUCAACUUGUUCUUGACAGGUUACCUCGAAAUAACAAAUAAUAAAAUUACAUUUUAAAUGUUA